CGCCGGCUGUGUUUGUGUUUUGGAAGAAAGGCAAACGACUGUUUUCGACUCUUGGGUGCGUGUGGGAGAGGGAGAGAGAGAGAGAGAGAGAAUUUUGGAACCGAGAAAACACUGGAAAAAAAGAAGAAGAUAAUCGUCUUAACGAAUCACAACAAAAAAUAAACACAUCCCUAUAAUCUCUCCUCCUUCCUACCUAAUUUCCUUCCCUCUAAUUCAAUUCCUUUUUCUCUCUUCUGCUUCUUCUGUUUCGAGUGUUGCUGUUUUUCUUCUUUCCUGCCCUAGAUCUUACACAGUGAACCAGAAUUCAAAAAACCUUCAGAUUUCCGGAUCUUCGACUGUGUUUCUCCAUUUUCAGAUCCUUCAGAUUGAGGAAUAUUUGCAACGAGCGAUUGAAGGCUCUCUGCUACACUUUUGCUAAGUCUGUGUCGAAUUGUACAAUGGUGGAUGGGGACAAGAGACAAGAAGUACAUCAGUAGGCGAUGAAGUUGUGGUGCAGUUAUUCUAGAUGAAGACGGGUCAGCCGUGGCGAAUAGGCAUGGGUGACAUUCCUAUAUUUUCUGGGGCUCGCCAUCGCCCACCUUUGAAGAGGCCGUUGUGGAUCAUUGUCUUGGUGUCUUUGGUUAGCAUCUUUGUGAUCUGUGCUUUUCUCUAUCAACCGCAAAGCAACGCCGCUUGUUACAUAUUUUCUUCAAGAGGUUGUAAGGCUAUUUCCGAUUGGCUUCCACCUGCUCCAGCAAGGGAAUAUAAUGAUGAUGAGAUUGCAGCCCGGGUAGUGAUAAAAGAAAUUUUGAGUGCACCUCCUGUUCAAUCAAAAAACCCGAAAAUAGCAUUCAUGUUCCUUACACCAAGUGCAGUGCCUUUUGAGAAGCUGUGGGAUAAAUUUUUUCAUGGUCAUGAGGGAAAGUUCUCUGUUUAUGUGCAUGCAUCUAAAGAAAAGGCAGUUCAUUUGAGCCGUUACUUUGCUAAUAGAGAGAUACGCAGUGAUCAGGUGAUUUGGGGAAAAAUUUCCAUGGUAGAUGCUGAGAGACGAUUAUUGGCAAAUGCUCUUCAAGAUCCUGAUAACCAGCACUUUGUGCUACUUUCUGAAAGUUGUGUACCGUUGUAUACGUUUGACUAUAUCUAUGACUAUCUGAUGAAUACAAAUAUAAGCUAUGUUGACUGCUUUGAGGAUCCUGGCCCACAUGGAAAUGGCAGGUACUCAGAACACAUGUUACCUGAAAUUGAGAAGAAAGACUUUAGAAAGGGUGCACAGUGGUUCUCUGUUAAGCGUCAGCAUGCUGUUAUAAUAAUGGCUGAUGGUCUUUACUACUCAAAAUUCCGGGAUUACUGCAAGCCAGGUUUGGAGGGGCGCAAUUGCAUUGCUGAUGAACAUUACAUGCCAACCUUUUUCAAUAUAGUCGAUCCUGGUGGAAUUGCAAACUGGUCUGUAACACAUGUUGAUUGGUCUGAAAGAAAGUGGCACCCAAAGUUAUACAAGGCUCAGGAUAUUAGUUACGAACUCCUGAGAAAUAUUACGUCGAUUGAUGUGAGUGUCCAUGUAACCAGUGAUGAAAAGAGGGUAGUGCAAAGAUGGCCUUGCUUAUGGAAUGGUAUACAACGACCGUGUUACUUGUUCGCAAGGAAAUUCCAUCCAGAGAGUCUCAAUAACUUGUUGCACCUUUUUGCCAAUUAUACAACAAUUUGAGCCAGAUUUUUUGACUCCCUAUUCUUUGGUUGGAUGGUUUCGACCCUUUCACUUCAUCUUGUUCCAGUAUAGCUGACGAAGUUGUAAAUUGCCAAUUAUUGAGGCUCGAUUGUUCCCCGUCCACAGUUCUUGAGUGCAAGGGAGGCUGGCAGAGCAGUUGGGGUGACCAGAGUUGAGCUGGAAGCUAAAAAGAUAGUGUUGCUUCCACAGGGGAUGGUAUGGGUAUAUGGUUUCUCGUUGAACCCUUCAUUUUGUCCUGUCAGUGUUAUAUUUCUAGUACAGAAAUUCUUUGGGGAACCCUUUUGCUGCACUUUGUGGUUUAUCCUGUACAAGAUGAAGUCUGAACUUUGAAGUGGCAAAUACAAAAUACAAUAGUGAUGUGAAUUUCAUGCUUUAACAAAUAUUUUGUGCU